UGUUCUUCAACAAUCAUUUCAAUGAUGCCAAAAUGAGAAUGCGACCAUGGGCUCAAGAUAGCAUGUACCAUGCUCUUGGCUAUGGUACUAUUUGCUUCCUACAAGCCAUUAUGACAUUUGACCCCCAGGAUAUACAAGAUGCUGUCACAUGGAUUAAAAAUGCUGUAGAGGUUUGUCACAGAUGUCGUAAACGCCAGACCAUGGUUAAAUCGGUAAUGUCUUCCAUGGUCAGAAUAGUUCACCGCCCAAACUUUAACACAUAUACUGAUGGUUAGUUCAAUUUUUGUUUUUCAAUUUUGCCAUGGUUUACUGUA